GCGUGUGCUGGAAUGCGAGCCGAGUACACUUCUGCGAGGGUUUGCCUGCGAAAUCUGAUCGAUUGGUCGGUGAAUUCACGGUUACUACUCCUCGGAGUGUGAGUGGCUGUACUCAUUGAGUGAGUGGAGCGAGCCACUAAAGAGAUCCCACCAUGGCUACUCAAAUGGUUAGCCAAGCAGGUGGCAGUGGCUUGUUUGGCAACAAUGGCAAUUAUGGAAUUUCACUGGAUGGGGAUAUGUACGGGUUACAUGAUCUUUCUAAAGCUGAUAUGGCAGCCCCUCGGUUGAUUAUGCUGGCCAAUGUGGCUCUAACCGGGGAGGUUAGUGGCAACUGUUGUGACUACAUGAUGGAAGAAGAAAGGCAAAUGGCAGAGCUAACAACUGUCAAUGACAAUAGUUUCUCGGACAGUGAAGGGGAAAGGAUGGAAGAGUCCCACAAUGUGGACCUUGACUCCAGUGUAUUUCAUAUCAUUGAGGUGGAACCCCCUGAAAGCCAGAAAGAAACUGCAUGUGAUACUGAAUUAACUGUUCCAUCUAGUCCAGUAAAUACGGAUCCAGAAAAAGAUGCAGAAACUCCUGCUGUUACAGAAGACAAAAAUAAGUGCCUCAAAAGUAAACCUUUUAGGUGCAAACCUUGUCAGUACAGGGCAGAAAACGAGGAAGAGUUUGUUCUUCAUAUCAAGUCACACAGUGCAAAGCCUUUUAUUGAUAAUGAAUCUCCGAAAAACACAGAGACAAAGGAAUCCGAUUCUUCUAUACCAGAGGAAGCUGAUUUCUCCAAAGGACCUAUACGAUGUGAUCGGUGUGGCUACAAUACUAACCGAUUUGAUCACUAUCUGGCUCAUUUGAAGCACCACAACAAAGUUGGUGAAAACGAGAGGGUGUACAAGUGCACCAUAUGCACCUAUACUACGGUCAGCGAAUACCACUGGAAGAAACACCUGCGUAAUCACUUUCCAAGGAUCGUCUAUACGUGUUCGCAAUGUUCGUAUUUUUCAGACCGCAAAAAUAAUUAUAUUCAGCAUAUAAGGACCCAUACAGGAGAACGGCCUUAUCAAUGCAUCAUGUGUCCUUACUCAAGUUCACAAAAAACCCACCUGACAAGACAUAUGAGGACACAUUCAGGUGAGAAGCCUUUCAAGUGUGAACAGUGCAGUUAUGUUGCAUCAAAUCAGCAUGAAGUAACACGCCAUGCAAGACAGGUCCACAACGGGCCAAAACCUUUAACGUGUCCACACUGCAAGUACAAGACUGCUGAUCGAAGCAACUUCAAAAAGCACGUAGAAUUACACGUCAACCCUCGGCAGUUUUUGUGCCCUGUGUGUGAUUACGCAGCAUCCAAGAAAUGUAACCUUCAGUAUCACAUCAAAUCCAGACACUCUGGAUGUUCUGAUAUUACAAUGGAUGUGUCCAAAGUGAAACUAAGAACAAAAAAAGGGGAAGUAGCCGUAUUUGACAUUACUGCAAUAGACGUGCAAGAUGACAAUGAAUAUGCAAAAGAAAAUGAAUCUGAAGUAAAGAAACCUGAAAAGAGUGUGAAAGUAGAAAAAAAAGAGAGUGUGAAACCUAAGAAGCAGAUUCCUGAUCCUGUGAUUGCGCAGGUCACUAGAAGUAGCCGCAGGUCCGUUUCACAGCCUAAGCCUGAUGGCAAUGAAGUUAGCGCUGAGAUACCUUCAAAGGUUAAAUGUGGCAAAAGGAAGGCAACCGUUGCACCUGAAAAUCAGUCUAACACCAGUGAUGCAGAAACUAUCAAUAUAAAGAAAAGGAAACUGGUACAAAAAAACAAGGGCUCACAAGUAGCAGUAGUUACAAAGACAUUAAAAAGUAAAAAAACACAUAAAAUGAAACGACGCAUGAAAACAAAUAAGAAAAACAAACUUUCCAUCAAGAAUGACAAAAAGAAAGCCAUCGAACAAGGCAAGAGAAAGAAACUGAAGAUGAAAUCUAAAAAAGCAGUUUCAGAUAAAAAUGUGGGAAAAGAAAACUCUCCAAAAAAGAAAACCCAGGUCAAUGAUACUGGCUCUACUUUGACAACGUGUACUGGAAAAACAUCUGUCCAGGAGUGUGCAGAAGGGGAGGAGGAUGUUUCAAUUCCAACUGCAGAUCCUCAGGAGAAUAAAGAAGUACAAACGGAAUGUAAAAUAAAUGAUAGUGUAAUAGUUAAUGUACCCACUUGCAACAGCAAUGCUUCUUUGCAUUUGCCUACUCAAGAUAUAAAUGUGUCGAAUGAGUUACCAAUUGAGAAUGAUAAAAAUGCUGCUAGCCUAGAUGUUGUGACUCCUAGCAACAUUGCAGUUGAAGCAGAGUCCAACUUCCAAACACCAAGUGACCAGGACUCUGAAAGUGUGCAAGUGAAUGAGUCCUCCGAGAGUUUUAAUUGCCAAGGCACGCCACUUGUUAAAGUUUUAGACUCUAAUGAAGCACCCACAAUGAACUACUGUCCUUCUGAUACCUCAGAAAAUGCUUGCACUGUGGAAAAAAGUGAGGAACCACAAGAACAAAAUGAAUUGGAAAAGGAUGACAAGUUAGAAAUAGGCAAGGAAAAUGAAGGACAUGAAAUGUCCGACAAGUCUUGCAGUUUAGAUGCAAAGGAGUUGCUCGAAGUCCAACAGAGGCCAGAAGAGGUUUGCAGUUUUGUUCAAGAAGAUAAGAAUCUGGAAGGGGAGGACAAAUCAGAACAUACUUCCAAUGUACAAAUGAAUGAGGACCUAGGACAGGAGAUAUCAGAACAAACCUCUGAUUUUCAAAGAAGUAAUGAUUCAUCACAAGAAAUAUCAGAAAACCCUUGCAAUGUAGAAAUAUGUAUGGAACCCAUCGAGCUGGACAAACCAAAAAUAAAUGCGGAAUCGCCAAAACCAGAAGAAUCCAUUGGAACCCAGAAUUUGCUAGUAGAAUGUUGUACUAAGAGUGUGAAUGACUGUGAACCAAAAGAGAUUCAGGUCUCUCCGUGCGAUGUUUCCAGCAAUGAAUCGCUUGAUACUGAGGAAGAUGAAGGAAUACAUAGUCAUGAUGGCAGUGAUAUAAGUGACAAUGUAUCAGAAAGAAGUGAUGACUCUGGAUUAAAUGGCGUGCCAUCUGUGCAAGAACAGCCAGAACCUAAGUCUACUGUAGAACCGAGUGCUUCCAAAAGUAAUGUUGCAAGCGAAAACUUUGUAUGUAUCUUCUGUGAUCGUGCUUUCAGGAAAGAAGAAGAAUAUACAAAGCAUCUAAAACGUCAUUUGGUUAAUGUAUAUUAUAUUGAGAAAGCCGCACAAGGUCAAGUGUAAAGACAAAGCAAUGUUAGUCUGUUCUUUUUGUUUUUCGUUUUAAAUUUAUAUAUUUUAUUCUUUCCAUUACUUUUUUUUUUACCCUGCAAUUUGGGUGCCAUGUUUCACUUGGACUACAUUAGCAUUCAUCAUAAUCUCCUUUUUAGUACUUCAUCAAUGCAACAAUAUACUGGCAUUUUUCUCUUUUCUUUUAAUAUUUUACCACCGUACGAACCUAUUUCAGCAAUUUUUGGACAGUUAUUCAAAUGGAACCAUUUCAAUGAAUUGCUUUACAUGUUCUCCUUUUUGGACUCUUUAAUUACAUUUACAGUAAAAACAACUCUGCUGCUUUAAUGUAGCCAUUCAAAACAAACCUUUUUUAAAUUAAUCAACAUACAUGUAUAUAGAAGGAGUGUGU